UCUUGAUAAGAGAAAAAGGAAUGCUUUAUUAUUUAUCCCAUGUGCCUUCCACUGUCACCACACUUGGGGGAUAUGUCCUCACUGACAUUGGUUGGGGGCAAAAGUUCUAACUUUCCAGGAGGGCUCCUAUGACAUCACCAUAGUGGGGAGGGGUACUUCAUAACUGUUGAGUAUGCCAGGAAAUUCAGGCUCCCCAAGUAGUCUACACUGGAAGUAUGGGAGGAGCCUUGUUGCCACCUGAUAGAGAUGAAAGUCCCAGUAUCUACUCAGUCUCUCUGACACCACAGCAGGAACGUUAGGGUAACUUGUUAGAGCCUGGUAAGGGUGACAACCCACUCAGCCUAUGCUGGCAUAGGCAGAGGUAGGGACACAGUUCUUUCUGUGGUGUUUAGCUGGAGUAGAACAGUUACAGUAUGCAAGUUUUCUGUAUUACUGGGUUGCCCCUUUCCUGGUCCUUUUGCUAAAGAGAGCAGGAUUUUAUUUAUUUAUUUUUAUUUUUUGUCUGUAUUCAUUGGCAUUUCUGGGUUGCUAACUUCUUCAGUUCCAAGUCAUAUGAGUCCAAAAGAAAACCCAAGGAGCUUACCACUAUGUCAUUUCUUGUGCCCUGAGUCGUGUAGAUGGUCUGCUUUCUUCUCACUAUCUUUUAGAGUCUCCAUAUAUUUAUUUUAUAUAAAAUGUCCAAGGUUUCUAGUUAUCAUUAGAAGAAAGAAUGGGAAAAGCCUGUCUACUACAGUUUCCUGGAAGAAGUUUCGAGAAUUAUUUUAGAUAAUUAAGUGAUUGAAAAAAAGAUAAAAGGAAGAAUACCAUUUCAUGACACAUGAGAAUUACAUAAAAUUCAAAAUUCAGUGUCUAUAAGUAACGUUUUAAUGCAAUAUAGUCACAUUCACUUACAUAUUGUCUACAAUUCCUUUUGUGCUACAGUGGCUGAGGUUGAGUAACUGUAUCAGAGAGUCUAUGGUUCGCAAAGCCUAAAAUAUUUACUGUCUGAGCCUUUAAAGAAAGUUUGCUGAUACCUGGCUUACAUCAUGGAAUUACUUACAUUUUAUUAACAGUGAGUAGAGUACCUCCUCUACCAAAACUAAGAGAAAAAUGAAUGUAUAAAUUCAGAUAGACUGUACUCAGUUUUAGGGAAAUAUAAUUAUCUAUAGCAAUCAUAAGUAAAUCCCCAUACUGUUAAAAAUGUAUAUAUACAGUUUUUAGUUUACGCCAAAAGCUACUCAGCUUAUGUUGAAUAAAUUUUCCUUAAACAUUGAUGUCAAAAAUCACUCUUUUACCAUUCUUGGUUAGUGCAAAAUUUUUUACUUGUAAUUUUUUCUUCUAGCAAAGUCUGCUACAAAUACUGUUAUAUAUUUUUUCUACUGUCAAAAUAUUCCCCAAGAAACCUGAAUGUUCCCACAAAUAUUUCUUAUUAUAAAUGUUUUUGUAUGUUUGUAACUUAUUUUGCAUGUUGAAAUUCUAUAACCAAGGUUGCAAGGUUGUCAUUGUUAUAGUGUUAACCAUAAGAGUCAUAAACAGCAAGUCGAACACUAAACUUGAAAGACAUUAUGCAAGAAAAGAACACCAAACCAAUAGUAUUAUUUCCCAUUUAUCUAACCUUUCAAGGGCACUUAGCAGCUAGAAGAUUAUAAAUACAGACAGAUUUCAUGAUUAGAAGGUUCAUUAGUAAGAAGGUACAGAAUACUAAUCACAAGACUUUCAUUUGCACUGACAAGGUCUGACCUCGCUAGCAUUCAUCAGUGACAGUGGAAUUGCUCCCUGGUGGUAUCAACCACAUGAAACACACAGAAAACAUGUUUUUCGUGGAGGAAUUCAUCAAAAAUUCCUUUUGCAAUAAAAACAACACCAGGUGCCUCUCAAAUUCUUGCCAAAACAAUUCUACAUGCAAAGGUUUUUCAAAAGACAAUGAUUGUUCUUGUUCAGGCACAGCCAAUAAUGUGGACAAAGACUGUGACAAUGUGAAAGACCCUUGCUUCUCCAAUCCCUGUCAAGGAAGUGCCACUUGUGUGAACACCCCAGGCGAAAGGAGCUUUCUGUGCAAAUGUCCUCCUGGGUACAGUGGGACAAUCUGUGAAACUACCAUUGGUUCCUGUGGCAAGAACUCCUGCCAACAUGGAGGUAUUUGCCAUCAGGACCCUAUUUAUCCUGUCUGCAUCUGCCCUGCUGGAUAUGCUGGAAGAUUCUGUGAGAUAGAUCACGAUGAGUGUGCUUCCAGCCCUUGCCAAAAUGGGGCCGUGUGCCAGGAUGGAAUUGAUGGCUACUCCUGCUUCUGUGUCCCAGGAUAUCAAGGCAGACACUGCGACUUGGAAGUGGAUGAAUGUGCUUCAGAUCCCUGCAAGAACGAGGCUACGUGCCUCAAUGAAAUAGGAAGAUAUACUUGUAUCUGUCCCCGCGAUUAUUCUGGUAUAAACUGUGAAUUGGAAAUUGAUGAAUGUUGGUCCCAGCCUUGUUUAAAUGGUGCAACUUGUCAGGAUGCUCUGGGGGCCUAUUUCUGCGACUGUGCCCCUGGAUUCCUAGGGGAUCAUUGUGAACUCAACAUUGAUGAGUGUGCCAGUCAACCGUGUCUCCAUGGAGGGCUGUGUGUGGAUGGAGAAAACAGAUAUAGCUGUAACUGCACGGGUAGUGGAUUCACAGGGACACACUGUGAGACCCUGAUGCCUUUUUGUUGGUCAAAACCUUGUCAUAAUAAUGCUACAUGUGAGGACAGUGUUGACAAUUACACUUGUCACUGCUGGCCUGGAAUCCACUGUGAAGAAGACGUCAAUGAAUGUUCUUCAAACCCUUGCCAAAAUGGUGGUACUUGUGAGAACUUGCCUGGGAAUUAUACUUGCCAUUGCCCAUUUGAUAACCUUUCUAGAACUUUUUAUGGAGGAAGGGACUGUUCUGAUAUUCUCCUGGGCUGUACCCAUCAGCAAUGCCUAAAUAAUGGAAUAUGCAUCCCUCACUUCCAAGAUGGCCAGCAUGGAUUCGGCUGCCUGUGUCCAUCUGGCUACACCGGGUCCCUGUGUGAAAUCGCAACCACACUUUCAUUUGAGGGUGAUGGUUUCCUGUGGGUCAAAACUGGCUCAGCGACAACCAAGGGCUCAGUUUGUAACAUAGCCCUCAGGUUUCAGACUGUUCAGCCAAUGGCUCUUCUACUUUUCCGAGGCAACAGGGAUGUGUUUGUGAAGCUGGAGCUGCUAAGUGGCUACAUUCACUUAUCAAUUCAGGUCAACAAUCAGCCAAAGGUGCUUCUGUACAUUUCCCACAACACCAGCGACGGAGAGUGGCAUUUCGUGGAGGUAAUAUUUGCAGAGGCUGUGACCCUUACCUUAAUCGAUGACUCCUGUAAGGAGAAAUGCAUCUCGAAAGCUCCUUCUCCACUUGAAAGUGAUCCAUCAAUAUGUGCUUUUCAGAACUCCUUUUUGGGUGGUUUACCAGUGGGGACAACCAGCGAUGGUGUCGCUCUACUUAACUUCUAUAAUAUACCAUCCACACCUUCGUUUGUAGGCUGUCUCCAAGACAUUAAAAUUGAUUGGAAUCACAUUACCCUGGAGAACAUCUCAUCUGUGUCAUCAUUAAAUGUCAAGGCAGGCUGUGUGAGAAAGGAUUGGUGUGAAAGCCAACCUUGUCAAAGCAGAGGACGCUGCAUCAACUUGUGGCUGAGUUACCAGUGUGACUGCCACAGGCCCUAUAAAGGCCCCAACUGUCUGAGAGAGUUUGUGGCAGGCAGAUUUGGCCAGGAUGACUCCACUGGAUAUGUUGUCUUUACUCUUGAUGAGAGCUAUGGAGACACCGUCAGCCUCUCCAUGUUUGUCCGAACACUUCAACCAUCGGGCUUACUUCUAGCUUUGGAAAACAGCACUUAUCAAUAUAUCCGUGUCUGGCUAGAGCACGGCAGACUAACAAUGCUGACUCCAAACUCUCCCAAAUUAGUAGUAAAAUUUGUUCUUAAUGAUGGAAAUGUCCACUUGAUAUCUUUGAAAAUCAAGCCAAAUAAAAUUGAACUGUAUCAAUCUUCACAAAACCUAGGAUUUAUUUCUGCUUCUACAUGGAAAAUCCAAAAGGGAGAUGUCAUCUACAUUGGUGGCCUACCUGACAAGCAGAAGACUGAACUUAAUGGUGGAUUCUUCAAAGGCUGUAUCCAAGAUGUAAGACUAAACAACCAAAAUCUGGAAUUCUUUCCAAAUUCAACAAAUAAUGUAUCUCUCAAACCAGUUCUUGUCAAUGUAACCCAAGGCUGUCCUGGAGACAACAGCUGCAAGUCCAACCCCUGUCGCAAUGGAGGUGUUUGCCAUUCCCUGUGGGAUGACUUCUCCUGUUCCUGUCCUGCCCACACAAGUGGGAAAGCCUGUGAGGAGGUUCAGUGGUGUGGAUUCAGCCCGUGUCCUCACGAAGCCCAGUGCCAGUCGUUGCUUCAAGGAUUUGAAUGUAUUGCAAAUGCUGUUUUUAAUGGACAAAGCAGUCAAAUAUUGUUCAGAAGCAAUGGGAAUAUUACCAGAGAACUCACCAAUAUCACAUUCGGUUUCAGAACAAGGGAUGCAAAUGUAAUAAUAUUGCAUGCAGAAAAAGAGCCUGAAUUUCUUAAUAUUAGCAUUCAAGAUUCCAGAUUAUUCUUUCAAUUGCAAAGUGGCAACAGCUUUUAUAUGCUAAGUCUGACAAGUUUGCAGUCAGUGAAUGAUGGCAUGUGGCAUGAAGUGACUCUUUCCAUGACAGACCCAAUGUCCCAGACCUCCAGGUGGCAAAUGGAAGUGGACAACCAAACACCAUUUGUGACCAGCACAAUUGCUACUGGAAGCCUCAACUUUUUGAAGGAUAAUACAGAUAUUUAUGUGGGUGAUGGAGCUAUUGACAAUAUAAAGGGCCUGCAAGGGUGUCUAAGUACAAUAGAAAUCGGAGGCAUUUAUCUCUCUUACUUUGAAAAUGUUCAUGGUUUCACUAAUAAACCUCAGGAAGAGCAAUUUCUCAAAAUCUCUACCAAUUCAGUGGUCACUGGGUGUUUGCAAUUAAGUGUCUGCAACUCCAACCCCUGCUUGCAUGGAGGAAACUGUGAAGACAUCUAUAGCUCUUAUCAUUGCUCCUGUCCCUUGGGAUGGUCAGGGAAACACUGUGAACUCAACACUGAUGAAUGCUUCUCAAAUCCCUGUAUCCAUGGCAACUGCUCUGACAGAGUUGCAGCCUACCACUGCACAUGUGAGCCUGGAUACACUGGUGGGAACUGUGAAGUGGAUAUAGACAAUUGCCAGAGUCACCAGUGUGCAAAUGGAGCCACCUGCAUUAGUGAUACUAAUGGCUAUUCUUGCCUCUGUUUUGGAAAUUUUACAGGAAAAUUUUGCAGACAGAGCACAUUACCCUCAACAGUCUGUGGGAAUGAGGAGACAAAUCUCACUUGCUACAAUGGAGGCAACUGCACGGAGUUCCAGGCUGAAUUAAAAUGUAUAUGCCGGCCAGGUUUUACUGGAGAACGGUGUGAAAAGGACAUUGAUGAGUGUGCCUCUGAUCCGUGUGUCAAUGGAGGACUGUGCCAGGACUUACUCAACAAAUUCCAGUGCCUCUGUGAUGUUGCCUUUGCUGGCGAGCGCUGCGAGGUGGACUUGGCAGAUGACUUGAUCUCGGACAUUUUCACCGCUAUUGGCUCAGUGACCCUCGCCUUGUUACUGAUCCUCUUGCUGGCCAUUGUUGCUUCUGUUGUCACCUCCAACAAAAGGGCAACUCAGGGAACCUACAGCCCCAGCCGUCAGGAGAAGGAGGGCUCCCGAGUGGAAAUGUGGAACUUGAUGCCGCCCCCUGCGAUGGAGAGACUGAUUUAAGAGCAUUCUGUCCCUUCAAGAUGGGGAUCCACACACUGUGAAUGUGAUGACUGUACUUCAGGGGUCUCUGACAUACCUGACGAUGUUAAUCUGCAACCGGGAUUACACUGGAACUACAGGAAUGAUUCCUUUAACCACCUUAAAGACUUUCACAGUGGUUCCACUCGACACCAUUGUUUUAUUAUGUUAUAUCACCCAAUCGCGAAAAAAGUCUGUGCCAGUAAUUUCAGCCUUAUAAUUAGCAAAAACAUCUUCCAGAGAAUGAAGUCUUCUGAGCAAAGCUCCAGUGUCUAUCACUGAAACUCUUUCCUCUUUUCAACCUGGGGACAACUUUUAGUUUUCAUUUUAGGUUUCUGUACUUUCUGUAGUUUCUGUGUGAACAUAUGGCAGUUUACACAGAAACUGUAGUUUCUGCCAUAUGUUUACACAGAAACUACAAUAAAAAAUUGGCUACAUUUCUCACUUCUCCUAUCAUGUGGUCAAAGGUUAUUGUUGUAUACCAGCGAUGGGAUACUUCUGUAUACUUUUGUCCUUCAUUCAUGGAUUCAGAGAAAGCCAUGGGAAUGACCUGUGGUUCAAAAAAGUGACCCAGUGGCAACAAAUAAAAAUCGAAAUCUGGUUGUUCUCCUUUCUGAGUACUUUUUGCAUUUUUGUGACAUUACGUGUGACAAAAGUAACCUCUAGGAACAUUUGAAGAACCUGUUUAUGAAUUAGAUCUUUUAACUAAAUCAUCUCAAGUUGGUUACAUUUUAAAAUUAUUACUCUUUGAAAAGGGUUGGUUAAGUCAAAAUGCUUCCUAGAUAGAAAUCAAAACAGGAGGAAAAUUCAUAUUCUCAAGUUCGAAAAAUCAAGUUCUUUUCUUCCAGCUGCUUUUAGGUAAACCAGUGCCAAACAGUGACAUUGUCUAAAGGUAAGAACUCCAAAGUUAAAUGUGUGCAGUUUAAGGAGAAUGUGUAUAAGACUAUGGGGUGUUUGGAGAAAAUGCUGGGGCUUCUAUUUUUAUAUUUUUUUCUACAAAGCAUCUGGUUAUAUUUUUAUAUGUGCUUUGAAAUAUAUGAAACAUGCUACUCUUGGAGAAUAUAAAUAAAAUUUAAGAAUAGAUGCCUAUAUAUUCUGGGUAUAUGCUCAACAUGUCUAAUGACAUGAAUUUUUAAGUCUGGUCUAGAAGAAUCCAUCCAUCUCAACUAUUCAAGGAUAUCAUUACAGCAGCUUCCCUUCUCUUCUACGUCAUCAGUUUUCCCAUUGUCCUGGGGCAUCCCUGUCAGCACCAAACAUGCUGUCAUAUUUCCUAUCAUAAAAAAGUUAUAUCCUGUGGCCCUCAUCUCCCUCCAGUAACCACCCCAUUCCUCAACCCCUCUUUUCAGCAAAACAUCUACAAAGGAGUUUUCUGUAUUUUCGGUUUCCCUUUCCUUUUCUCUCAUCCUCUCUUGAACUUAAACUAAUUUGGCUUUUCUCAUCACCGCUCCAUGAUCUCCACAUGGUCAAACACAAUGUCCAGUCCUCAGUUCUCAGCUUUCCUGACCUCUCUGAAGCAUUUGAAAGAAUUGUCACUCCUCUUGAAAUAUUUUCCACACAAUGGGACACCAUUUCAUCUUGAUUUUCUUCUUAACCUCACUGUCUAUCCCCUCUCCAUCUCUUCUGAUAGUUUCUCCUCAUUUCCUUAAACUCUGCUUUAUUUUUUUCCAUGCUGUUUAUCACCCCCUGAGAAGUUGUGUAUUUUGUUGUCGUCGUUGUUCUCUAUUUUCUCUAUCUAGAAUUUAGGUUAUAUGAGGAUAAGAAUUAUUAUUAUUUUUUUUUUACUCUAGUAUCUCUCACCUAGAACAGGCCUAACCCAUAGGGAAAACACAAUAACUAUUUUCUGGAUAA